CAGCUGCCCUUCUUGUCACAUUUGAGCCAUCCCAUUUGUGUUGUCAAGAAUUUGAAAGCAGAACAUUUAACAGCCUGGUUUUGCUUGACAAUAAUGAACACAACAAAUGGAAUGUAGCUUGAUUUAGAAGUGGGUUUUUUAUGACCAUGAUUUUUGUGUGCGAAGAAUAAAAGUAAUUGUAGUGGAUUGGAAAUUCCCCCCCAAAAUGAAAAUAAAUCUAGUUUGUUUAAAACUGCUCUCCCAAGUUUGAAUGUGCCUAGAGGUUGGCAUUUCUUAAGGAUAACGCUGCAUGUUUUGCAUGUUUGGAGUCUUUGGAGUGAUGGGAAGACUUGACUCCACUGCCCAUCACAGCAUCAAAACACUUGAUGAAUGAAUUUCACAGAGUGAGCCAUUGUUGGAUGAUGGAGUGAUUUGUGGUUUCAAGUUGAUACAUGCAGAUUCAGUGGUGUGAUGUCGAGCCCAUUCACACUACAGUUCAAACAACAGUCUUCAACAAAACACACACAAAAAACUGAAGGUGCAUUUGAAUCAUACAACUUGUGUGGAUAAAUAGAUUUUAUUCAUAUUAUUGUUUGCAUCAGAAUUAUGUGGUGCACAACGCUUAACCACAACUGAUUCUGAAUAUGUCAGCUCUAUUGCACUACCAACCAAGCCAUGCUUUUUGAAUAUGUUGAGGUGUCACUGUUGCACGAAUUAUGGGCGUCAGUGGUGAUCAUUCUAAUGCAACUGGCCUCAUGCAACUUAACAAUUUAUUCAAAACAUAAAAUAAAAAUAAGUGACAAUUUUAAGUGUUUUUUGAUAAAUGCUGAUAGUUAAAUAAAGAACUUGACUAAAUUCAAAAGAGCAGAUAUGCAAAUAGAUGUAUACAUACCUUACAUACUAUAUUAUGUACAUACCUUACAUAAGCAUCUAUAUUGGGUAAAUGCAAAGGCUGAAUCAAACGAAAAAAUGGGGGCAACAUGUCUUAUUUUACCUUUAAAUGAUGCCUGAAGAGAGGCAGUGCCAUUGCACCACUAAAUCCAUGUAAAGCCAGUGUGUCCUAAAGGAUGUGCAAUGAAGCGUGUGUUUCAACAAGGAACUUGGUGCUGAAGAGUCCAUCCCCUCCUCUCCACUUUCUUGUCUCUUGGUCUUCUCUGACCUCUGAUUUAGUUUGCGGCGAGUGGCCACUACCAUCCUCAGGAAUGGCACUACUCCCACAUCCACAAUGCUAUUUUGGGACCAUUUGGGGAACUGAUGACCGAGGGUGAUCUCAACUGCAUUGAGAAGCAAAUUGAGAACCUACAAGUGAUGCACAAGGUCUCCGAAGUUGAGAAGGAGCUGGAAGAGCUCGAGCAGGAGCUGCAUCAGCUUCUACCUGUUUCUGCAGCACUCACUCAAGGACAUUUUUCAGUCAAUCCAAAGCAGGUGCAUGGCCAAGCUGAAGAUCUUCCAGCGUGGUGCAGCAAAAUUUCUACCUUGCUCAAGAGCAUGGCCAUUCUUCUUGCCACACUGGGGGGUAAAGAGAUUGACAUUCUGGAACUGUUAAGCCCCGGAUAUUCUCCAAAAGGGACAAAGAAUGUGGCAGCAGUUCAGCCUGAUUCAGCGACGGGAUUUAUUGGGCGCUCUCAGUCGUUCUCUACAAAGGAAGAUGUGGAGAAGGAGAUGAAGCAGUUUGGCGUAUCGGUGAAGAACCUCAAGGCAAAUUAUGAAAUUCAGUCACAACCUGCGAGUAGCAAAGAAACACGGGUGUAUAAACGCCAGAGCUCACUUCCAGUUGUAAGCAAGUCGAAAAAUAGUCCAGAGAGUGUUUGUCAAGAUGACCCAUGUUCGUCUGUUGGCUCGCCUCAGUCCCACACCAACGGUUCUCUGCCUUUACAGGAGGAGCCGGUAUUGAAACUUGUUGAAGAGCCAGUCAUCGGGGCAUCUCAUGCUCCUCAAACCUAUGCAGCCACGGAGAUGAUAGCUCCAACUAAGAUUGAGGAGUUUAACCAGGUUCUUUCUGCAGACUCCUUUUUAAACAAUCACCAACUAACAAGAAGUUUGGAGGUGCAGACAGAUCUGAGCUAUGUUCAGGAAUGCAUUGAAACAAGGAAAGAGAGGAUUGUCUUCCUGUUCCUAGAACACUGGCGCAAAUACACCAUCUCUGAAGCUGGCAGGAGAGGAAAUAAUCUGGAUGUGAGCUGGGAGAACUUCAGUCAGGCUAACAUGGAGGACGGGAGCGUUGGACAGAUUCACAGAGAAGACGAUAAGCUCCUCCUUUUCAUGAAGUCCAAGCAAGUGGUGGGGAAACUGAUCGGCCACUGGAGGACCAUCAUGAGCCAAGUGCCCAGCCGUCAAAUUCGCAGGCUGAGUCGAGCCCAGAUGAUCUACUGGCCCGAACACUUCUUGCCACACAUCAACGGCUCACCUGUGAGCUACGAAAGCCUGACGCUUGAUCUUUUCAUGCUCGGAUACUUCCAGCUGCUGGAAAUGAACAUGUCGCGUGACGAGCGCAAAUUCCGCCACCUCUUGUGCUAUGAGAUGUUUGAUCGCCUCGGAAGGCAUCAGUGGGAAGUCAUCAAGCAGUUUCACAAGGAGGUGAUGGGGGAAAUUGAGAGAGGAACGAGAGACUGGCCGGACGGUUUUGAGGACAUCAAGCUGAAGUACUUCGGGGACUCUGAUGACGAGGGAGGUGUAAUGACGGCCUCUCUGCAUUCGAUGUCUCCUGAGGUGGCCUUCAUUCCAGUGGAAGAGCCCCUUCCGCCCUCACCCUGUCAUCCGCCACCCCCUCCGCCUCCAAAUACACAUCCUCCCUCGCCAUCUCAAAUCGAUUUGCCUUUUGUCUCCCCCGCUGCAGCCCUAGAUGCUGCAUUGGAUACCAGCCAGUGUGGGGAACAGAACUCACUUCCGGACUCGGUCAAUAAUUCACAGACGGAUUUACAAAACAGUGAGCAUGUGUCACUAAAUGGGCCGAAUGCUCAGCAGGAUGAGAUAAGGAGCAUGCAAAAUACUGACACAACAAAAAAAGCCGAGACACUUCCAUGCACCGCAGAAAGCAAAGAAGUGGUUCCAGAUGAAGACGUUACUGUAAAAACCACCACAGAAGCAGUUGAUCAAACUCGAGGAAAAGAUGAUUCCAUCAACGUCAUCUAUGAACUCAAGGAGUUUAGCAAUGAGGAGAUCAUUCGGUACAUUGAUCGAAGCUUCGCAUUCUGGAAGGAAAAGAAAGCUGAGCUUUUUGACAUCUAAACAUGUCUUGACUAUGUAUAACUCCGCAUUACAGCAGACAGAAAAGGCAUAACUUGCAACAUCAGUAAAAUGAGCAUGCACUUCCCAGCAAAGAAAGGGAAAUAAUUGGUUGAUUCCUUUAUUCACCUACAUGGGAAAGAAAGAAAUAAUUUUCUUUGACAAUGAAUAAAACAUUUAAUUAAUAUGCAGUGGGUUUCUAAAGACUCUUACAUCUCUUAUGGCUAAAAGGAAAUGUAAAUCUUUUUGUCUUUUCAAAAACAGGUUUUAUUUGAUGUGCUUGACCUCUGAAUCAAUUUUAGGUAUGGAAUAUACAACAACACUGGUUAAUGGACUGAAGAUCUGAAUUGGCAUUAGAAAUCUAUUUGUCACUGUGAUCUAUUCUGCAUUUUCACAAUAUUUUUGUAUCAUUUGUGUGCUUAGAGAUUUGCCUGAUUUAAAUGUGUGUUAGUAUUUGACUGGAUAAAUAAAGUUGUUUUUCAUUUUUUGUGAAUAAGUACAGUAAUCUCAUGAGGUCUUUGGUAAAACAGAAAACUUCCUAAUGGCCAAGGUCAUUUUUUUCCCAGUUUUUCUUCUCCCAAAAAAAAACCUGAACCAAAUAAUGAAUAUAUUUAAGAAUUUCAUUCAUAAAUGGAGAAUCACUUAAUCUGUCCAGGGAUGUCAAACUCAUGUUUUUC